UAAGAAUCGUCAAACGAUACCGAUUGCAUGGCCCUCUCAGUUUUUUUAAGUCUAAUUGUAUGAAUUCAGUUUGUUUGAGCCCAGUUUUUUCUUCAAACUAUGUUUGUUAAUAAGCUGUUAAUAUGACGACACAGCCUGUUGUGAUACGGAUUACGAACCAACAUGGGGAAAAUGUCGAUUGGACUGUUCAGUCGCCGCAUGUAUCAUUUCAAGACGUCCUGGAUGUGAUUGCCCAAGUCCUACAGGAUGGUUCCAUUACUGCAUUUGAAUAUGAGGAUGAAGAUGGUGAUCGUAUUACUGUAAGAAGUAAUGAUGAGAUGCAAGCAAUGAUGGCAUAUUACAUGUCAGUUAUAAUUGAGAGUGAAAGUUCCAACGAGAUGGCUCCGCCUCUUGUUAUAUACCCAAGAGUUAUAAAGUCAGGGAGGCGAAACAUCCAUGGCUUGACAGUAAGCACGAGCCCUACAGGAACUGUCCCCAAAGGUGCAGAUAGCGGAAUCAGUCUACAUUAUGGGAGACAACAGGAUGCAGAACUAAGGGAGAUACUUGCAACUGGACAGAUAUCUGAGAGUGACAUUCAAAAUAUCGAGGUUCUUGGCCAUGGUCAUAGUGGAUCUGUGUAUAAGGCAAGACACGUUGCUACAAAUAACAUCAUGGCAAUCAAGGUCAUAUCUGUUGAUAUUACUCCAGAUGUCCAAAAGCAGAUUCUAUCUGAACUACAAAUACUUUACAAGUGUGAUUCGUCAUUCAUCAUUGGCUUCUAUGGAGCUUUUUUUACAGAGAAUAGAAUAUCAAUUUGCACAGAGUUUAUGGAUGGUGGUUCGUUAGAGAUGUAUAGAUGUAUUCCAGAGGAUCUCUUGGGGAGAAUAACUGUAUCUGUUGUCAAAGGACUUACAUAUCUUUGGAGCUUAAAGAUCAUGCAUAGAGACGUCAAGCCAUCAAAUAUACUUGUCAAUGCUCAGGGAGAAGUUAAACUCUGUGAUUUUGGUGUCAGCGCUCAACUUGUCAACUCCAUCACAAAAACAUAUGUGGGAACUAAUGCAUACAUGGCACCUGAGAGAGUUAAAGGGGACCAGUAUGGAGUGCAUUCUGAGGUUUGGAGUCUGGGUGUUUUCCUUCUUGAGAUGGCCAUGGGAAGAUUUCCAUAUCCAGUUACCCCAAGAGAAAGCGAGCUAUCAGCUAUAGAUCUGCUGCAGUGCAUAGUGCAUGAGAAACCGCCAUCAUUGCCAAAAGACAGAUUUUCUGAAGCAUUUGUGGAUUUUGUUGCCCAGUGCAUGCAAAAGAUACCUGCUGAUAGACCUACUCCUGAGACUUUAUUACAUCAUGCAUUCAUCAGGACAUAUGAUGAUGGCAAUAAACAAAUCAUUGCAGAAUGGGUUUGUAGAAGUCUACAAGAAAUUAGGCUAACAGGAGUAGCUGGUGGUCAGUCAUGAGGAAAGCAGCAACUCAUUCAAAACACAGACAAUUUACAUAUCUACAGUGGCAGUGAGCAGAGGGACAUACACGUCAUCUGGCAGAUUAAUAAGUCCUGUAUCUCAGGUAAUUGUGAAGAGGGUCAGUUAUAAUAGACUAACUAUUCACAAUACAUGUACAGAACAACUGCUACAUGGUGACUUGUUGUACACAAUUUGCAACCUCAGUAAUGGCAUAUUGCAAUAUUUGUAGGUUUAUGACAAUCAAGGUUUUCUUGGCAAGAGUCACACAUUUGUUUGUUUAGUGUAAUAAUAAAACCAGUUUCUUGUUGUAUUCAUAUUAAGUUCCCAAUAAUUCUUCGUGAACCUUGCCUGUUGAACAGUGUAUCAGGUUUGCUGAUCAUGUUGCUAUAAUGAUUAUAGACGGGAAUAAUGACUGUAAGAGGGGCACUAUCUUUACUUCACUUAUUACGUAAAGGGAUAAAUAUUUUUGUUAUUUUUUAUUCCCUUUUAAAGCCAUUAUACACUUUCGGUACAGAAA